AUGGUAAAAGUCACAAAUACACAGGACGACAAUGCUCUGCAGUUCGAUCCUUGCUCCGAGACUCAUGCUCGCGAUUGGUCCUACCGCGCUGAAGGAGGUGCUCAUUUCAUCUUCGGAUACGAUGGGUCAGCGAAAGGAUACGUCGAUCGUGUCCUUCGGAUACAGAAAGCUGUUGCUGCUUCUGGGCCAGAUGAGACAAUGAGACGUGUCUGGGUCAUGGACCUUCUACCGAAAUUACUGCCUCGCGACCUACUGCUUCAAUCUGUGCUCGUCGAAUUGCAAGAGAAGUGGCUCAAAGAACUUAUGUCAACUGACAUGUCGAAGCGACCAGAAGAGCGAAAAGGCAGUAUGGCUGGGACCGCAUCGCUUACCGACUCCAUAUCAGGCUCUACUCAUGGCUGGAUCAUGGACGACCUAAUUGCAAGGGGGAAAAAGGAGGAGUCUGUCCUCUGCGUCGAGAUUAAACCCAAAUGGGGUUUUCUCCCGGAUCAGCAACACGUUCAGCCACCAGAAGCGGCGGGCAUCAAAUCGCAGAUCCCACGCUUCCACCUGCACGAACACUUUCGUGGCAACUACACAUCCGAGGACGUAGGAUACAAUCCCCUCGACUUGUUCUCAGGCCAGCAGGCUCGCAUGAAGAAGGCUCUAGAAGGCCUCUGGCUUGGCUGGGAGGCUAGCGAAGGGAGGAAGAAUAAUUGGAGGGUCUACGUCGAUGGCCAGGUCGUCUUGCCAGCUUCUGUGAUCAAGCCCAUCGACGUGCCUACAACUGGCUCCAAGCAAUCUGUGAGAGACAGCACGAUCGAUCUAGUCCUGCCAUGUCUCAUCUCAUCCAACGUGUUCGGCCUUGUUGGAAGACUGCAAUCUCGUCUCGAUGCUACUGAUAUUUCGGAUCUCGCUACGAGGUAUGGCGCGGAAUAUCCGGACGCAGAGCCUUUCGCCGGCUCUGCGAGCUCAGAAGCGACAGAAGCCGAGCUCAGAACAUUGGUGGCCAGAUUUGUCGCAGCCUCUGCCAAUCCUCAACCCCAGUCAUGGUCUUUGCGCGAGAGUCUGAUCGCAUAUUCCCUGGCCGCAAUCUUCAAAGACUGCUCAAUCUUCGUUCGAAUCCCUCUCGCUCGGAAGGAUGGCUCGUGGCAAGUAUCCGCCAAUCCUUCGGUCAAAGUGGUUGACGUGGACUUGAAACCACUGUGCUCAAUGCGUAAAUGGUAUGACCUGGAUGAGAAGCUUUGGAAACACUGGUACGAG